AUGAGUAGAGAGCAAUUGUUUGUGAUUCUUUUGGUAUGCGGAAUACUGGCAACCAGAGCUGAGGAUGGAACUGCAACUGAAGGAGAGGCUGGAUUCUCUUUAAGCACAACUUCUCCCGCUUUCGUUGAGAAAGAUGACAAUUCUCUAAUUCUGGGUAAUCUCAGUCUAUGCGGAAAUGUGGCAGAUAAUGUGUUUCUGCCCUUUGUGGGAGACUGCAAUAAGUAUUACCUCUGUCGAUCUGGCCAAGCCAUAGCCUUGCAGUGUGAAUGGCCCUACGAGUUCGAUGCUCCCAGCCAGAGCUGCGUGAAUGCAGGUCAGGCGGAGUGCCUUCCCACCUGUGAGGCCUUCAACUUCACCACGUUUAGUUACCAGCGCACCUGUACCAAGUACGUGCUCUGCUACUACGGACGUCCUGUGCUGAGGGAAUGCCACGAUGGCCUCCAGUACAACUCCCGAACGGAUCGAUGCGACUUUCCCAAGAAUGUGGACUGUGUGGAGUCAGAGUGUUCCAUCUACUACAAUGCCUAUCAUUUGCGUUAUGUGCCUAGCAAGGUGUCCUGCGAGAAGUACUUCCUUUGUGGCAAUGGAGUUCCCAAGGAGCAAACCUGUACGCCAGGCUUGUACUUUAGCACCAAGUGCGAUUGCUGCGAUAUUCCAUCGAAAUCGGACUGUCAGAUCCCUGCUGAUCAGCGAAAGGCGCAGAUCUUCUCUCCUCUUCGUUCUGGUGUAGUUAAAGGGAUCUGUCCUUCUGCAGGUGCCCACUUCAUUGCCCACGAGUCACGUCAAGAUGCUUACUACUACUGCGUGGAAGGUCAUGGCUUGGUCCUGGACUGCUCUCCGGGUCUUUGGUAUGAUCCCAAGAUUCAAGAGUGCCGUGAACCCCAUAAUAUGGGCCGUUAA